AUGGCCAUCACCAACGAACAACUCAAACAAUACUAUGAGAAAUACUUUCCUUUCUCACUACUCGCCCAAUGGCUCCAUCCAGGAGAUGAAAAACAAAUCAUCAACCGAGAAUUUUCCUAUUCCUUCAAAGUAGUAAAUCCAAAAACACAACAAUCCGAAGUUAUUUUCUCUCGGUACAAGUGCGUCAAGAGUGGAGAUGAUUUGAAAGAGCAAGUGGUCAAGUAUUCCAAUGCUCCAGUCAAACUUGAUAUUGGACCUGUUUAUAAUAUGGCAGUCUCAAAGAAGAAUCAAGUUUCAAACUCAGUUCUCAUUCCUACUGAAAAGGAAUAUUGCAUUGAUAUUGAUAUUUCCGAUUAUGAUGAUGUCAGAUUUUGUGGCUGUAGAGGUGGUAAAUAUUGUGAAAAAUGUUGGCGAUUGAUGAAUUGUGCAAUGGAAGUUUUGGACCAUUUGUUGGUUGAUGUUUUUGGGACCAAGCAUUUGAUUUGGGUGUACAGUGGUAGAAGAGGAAUUCACUGUUGGGCAAGUGAUGAAUUGUUAAAAAAGCUCAACAAUGAAGGAAGAUCAGCCAUUUCUAGAUUUAUUCAUAUUUAUCAAAACAACUCGGUGGUUGGUGAGAAACAAUCGAAAAGAGUGAAUCUUUCUGGAACUGCUCAUCCCACUUUUGAUAUUGACUCGCAAGUUUUCACGAUAUGUGAAAGAUACUUUAUGGAUGUAUUUGUGAAUGGAAUGGGUAUUUUUGAUGACGAAGAAACAAUGCAGACAUCCAUUCCUUACAUUCUUAACCUUAUUUAUAUCAAUGAUGUAAAGAACACGAUUCAAGAAAUUCUCAACUCGGGGAAAAGUGGUGACGCUGUUUACACAGAACUCAGAGACACUUUAUUGAGAGAUAAGAAAAACAAACACUUUUUGUGGGAAAUUGUCUACUCGUUUGUGUAUCCUCGUCUUGACGUGAACGUCUCGAAAGGUUUUAACCAUUUGCUCAAGAGUCCAUAUUGUGUGCACCCAGACACAGGCAAUAUUUGUGUACCAAUUCGACGACAUCAUUAUCAAUUCUAUCCUGAUACUCAUGGCGUUAGUUUGCAAAACCUGCUGUCCAAUACAGACAAUGGCAAGUUCAAUGAAAGUCUCAAGAUUUUCAAAGAGCAUGUACAAGCUCUUGCAAAGGCAAAGAACAACUCAAGUAUGGACACCCUCGAAUUCUAA